GCUCCUUUCUCUCAUUGAUGUCUGAACCUCUUUGUUUGUGGAAAGCACUCGAUAUCUCUUUCAACCUAUACAACUUUCUCAGCCUCUCAACUAACCCCACAACCAAAACAAAAAAUGUCUUCCCCAAGCAAGCGUCGAGAGAUGGAUUUGAUGAAACUGAUGAUGAGUGAUUACAAGGUGGAGAUGAUCAAUGAUAGCAUGCAAGAGUUCUAUGUGGAUUUCCAUGGACCUAAAGACAGUGCUUAUCAGGGUGGUGUGUGGAGGAUAAGGGUGGAUCUGCCGGAUGCAUAUCCUUAUAAGUCUCCAUCGGUUGGCUUUGUUAACAAAAUGUACCACCCAAAUGUUGAUGAGAUGUCUGGCUCAGUUUGUUUAGAUGUUAUAAACCAGACCUGGAGCCCCAUGUUUGAUCUGGUUAAUAUCUUUGAAGUGUUUAUUCCACAACUUCUUUUGUAUCCCAAUCCAUCAGAUCCAUUGAAUGGAGAAGCUGCUGCUCUAAUGAUGCGCGAUCGCACUGCUUAUGAACAAAGAGUGAAAGAGUACUGUGAAAAGUAUGCCAAGCCGGAAGAUGUAGGAGCCGCCCAGGAGGAUACAUCUAGCGAUGAGGAGCUGAGCGAAGAUGAUUAUGCCUCCAGUGAUGAGGCAAUCGCUGGCGAAGCCGAUCUUUAGGGGGGCAUGAAUGCUUGCCCCUGUAAUCUUCUGUCCGUACACAAUAUUCAACUCAUGGCAAAUGAAACCAACAAAAAACUGAAGGCCUGUGGAAAAAUCCCGGCCCCUCUGUAUAUAAUCUCCAUUUUCCAUUGUACUUGUGUAAAUUAUUCAACUGUGAUUCAAUGUUUCAAAAUUCAUCAAUUGCUGGGACUAAAAUAGGCAGUUUUCUUC